GGUUUUGAAUUAUAUGAUAUUCUGAAGAACAGUUGACUGGUGAAGUUUUUCUCUAUUUGUAAAACAACGAACUGAAGCAGUUAUCGUCUUUCUGGAUGAUACAUUUUUAUAGAUCGAUUAGAAAUGACUUAUACAAUAAAUUGGGAAGGUUACGAUUGUUGUUCGACGUUGCGAGACCAGUUUUUUUUUAAUUGUUACUAACCGAGUUUCGUGGUACUUUCGGUAUCCAGUUCAGUGCUGUGAAGUGAAAGAGUGAUGAGCGACAUCAGUGGUGCCCAUAUCGUAGGAUCCACAGAAAUCAAAAAGGAGGAGAUGGAAGAGGAAUCGAAAACAGAAAGGAGAUUAACUUUGAAACGAGCGAUUGAUGAAGUUGCCGGACAAAUUAAUUGUGAUGAACAGCUUAAACGUUGUAAAAUUAAAGUUGAAGAUGGCAACGAAGAAGAAGAUCUGUCAGAAAUUUGUGCUAAUGGUGCCCUUCUGGCUAUGGAACCGUCUACUAGUCAUUCUGUAACAGUAAAUUGCGAGGAUGGAAGUAUUUUAACCGAUUUUGGUGAGAAAGUUUCAGCAUCCACCAAGUCAACUAAUUUGCGACAUGUGCUUGUUUUCAAAGGUCCUGAAAUGGAAUGUUUCAUAGAUUUGGUUCGACGUAAUGAGAUACUUUGGGAUGGUAGCUUUGAAGAGUAUCACACACGAACGAACAAAAAGAAGCAAGCUUGGGAGAGCAUUGCUGCAGAGAUGUCGAAUGAUUUGAAACAAGUUGAUGAGGAAACAUGCCGAAAAAUAUGGCUUCAGUUGCGACGAUCCUAUGCCAAUGAGAAACGACAACAAAGGCAGAAUCCUGGUGUAAGGACUACGCGAAAUUGUAAAUAUCGUCGAUAUUUUGAUGCAAUGAAAUUUCUGGAUGGCAUUAUGGAAGAGGAGUUUGCUCGUGACAGCUUUUUCAUAUCAGAACCAGAAGGUGGAAAGUCAUGUAGCAACAGCCCUGCUCCAGAGCCAGGGAUUUCUAGAAAAGACAUUAUCGACAACAUCCGAAAAUCCGGAGAUAUCCGCAAGGAAAUUUCUGUGGAAAAUGACGUUAAUACUUCGAAGGUGAUUGAUACUAUUGCUUUACUUGCGCACCAACUGCAAAGUCAAGGAAAUGAACCACCGGUUGAGGUGACACAACCAAUGCAGCUACUGCAACCAGCACAAUCGUCAAAACCACUAGAAACAAGAGAUUCUUCCGUCAUUAGCGCUUCGGUACCAACGGAACAACAGUUUUACCAACAGCUGCAGACCUGCUUUUUUAUGCUAACACCCGAAAAACAGGCAAUUUUACAACGUGAUGUCAUGAAAUUUGCUUUUAGGCGGACAAAUCAGUUGAUGGAUGAUACUGGUUUCUAGUGUAACUCUUACUGUAUCAUCACUUUUGUUCUACAAUUUAAUCCAAAACCAGCAUAUUGACUUUCAUGGACCUAUCCCUGCUCUUUGCUUUAUAAGUAUUCCUGAUCAGCUUGCGGCUACAGAUUCAUAGAGCAUCUGGAUCGAAGAGCACGACAUCUACGCCGCAUUUUAUUGACCUCAUGCUAAACACACCUGUUCCAUUGUCAGAGUCUAGUAACUCGAAUACCAGCGUCGCCAGAAAUAUUUGAAACUCACGUAACCUCUUCUGCUAUGUAUUGUACAGAAAACGCGACUGCAUUCUUGUUAAUAUAUGCGCUGGUUUUCUGGUGGAGUGGUUGUGGAUCCCAGCAUUCCAUAAUAUUUACUCGUUUGUUUGAAAAAAUACCAAUUUCUCUAGCACUAAUAAUGGUUCGGCAUUCCGGAAAACUAGUAACUGAUGGAAUAGAAAAAAUUCAGUAUUCCAAGGAUUUUUUUUGAUAUUGUUUUCACUUUUCAGAACCUAAUACUUCUCUGUGAUUGUUUUUUUAUCAUUUUACUUCCAGCAUUUAUUCUGUUUGGUAUGUAGAUUAAUCAUGGGUGUCAGUGAUCCUUAUUUUAUCUGAAUAAUGAGGAUGUGAUAUCAUUGUGUAUCAUUGUGGUAAAAGAGAGGCUAGCACAACUUACUAAAACCAUUGGCAUAAUAAUUGAAAUUGAAUCAUUGCAAAUCGAAAA